UGCACUCGCAACUACAUUGUCCAAGCCGGGGAUACAUGCGACAAAAUUGGCCAGCGUCACUUGGUCUCUACCUACCAGGUUCUUGCAUUCAAUCUGCCUGAAGCUGGCCCGACUUGCGAGACCCUCGAGAUUGGUCAUGAACUCUGCCUCGGCCGAUAUGGCAACGACUGCCAAGUAGUGCACCGCUGCACCCCAGCAGACACCUGCUCGAGCAUUGCUGCGCAGUACAAGAUUCCCCUCUCGCUACUUCAGGACAAUAAUCCUUCGAUGAACUGCGGACAGAUCUACGAUGGUCUGGUUCUCUGCGUUGCACCUGGAGUCAUGCGCCCA